AAAAGUACUUGAGAUUGAUAUACUCCAAUAAUGUUUAUCUACAUAUAAAAAUUUAUAAUGAAUAAGACAUCCAAGAGUUACCAUUAUUUACAUUGAAGGCAAACAUUGCAAUAUUGAGUUUGACGAACUUUAGCCUAUUCUUAAUGUGUUAACAACGAAUUGAAUCCUUGUGUAAGUUAUAAUUCCAAAUAUAAUGCUUGUUUGAAGCAUCCCUUUAUAUAAACAAAAAUUAUGAUACAUUAUAGUUAGAUUAUUGAUACAUUCUAGAAAAAAUCUGCAAAUGAUAUAUUAGGAAAUAAAGAAGUAAUAGAGAUAGGAAUUUGAAAAAUGUAGCCUUUGAUUUUGGGUAUUUUAGUUCUGAAAGAAUGGAUGGAUAUCCAACAGAAUUUCUAAAAAUGGUUGUUGUUAAUGUUAAAAAUAGUAAGAAGGGAGAGAGAGAGAGAGAGAGAGAGAGAGGAAAUUGUGGUGGAAAUGCAAUAAGAAAAUUUCAGAGCAAAAGAAAAUUAGGCUUAGCUAUUUGUAGGAGUUAGUUGAAUCGAGCUUCAAUGGCUGUUGUUGUUGUUCAUCUUCUACAAAGCCCAUCUCUUCCAUCAUCAUUUCCCUCCACAAUCUCAUUCAUCUCCCCUUUCUUUUCACCUUUCUCAUCUUCUCUUGUUCUCUGGAGGAAGAGAACAGCAGAAUAAAAAUGGAGCUCAUCAAUAAUAAUAUCAAUAAUGUCUUCCUCCUCCUCGCUUUCUCUUCUGUCUUCUUCUCUGCCAUUGCCAUUUGUGUCCCUCUCAACAUCAACAUCACCGACGUUGAAUCCACUGCCAUUCCUCCACUUCUUGAACAAACCGUUUCCCCUCAAGUUGCCCCUGAUCAGUCACCGCCGGCCGUUACCACCGUUUCGCAGCCACCAGAGGCAACCUCACCACAAACAUCGACGUCUGAUCAAUCUUCCUCUAACGAAAUAUCUGAUGAAGAAGACUCAGGACUACUUGGUUUGGACUAUUUGCAUUCGGAUGGUUUGAUAUCGACGGCAGCAUCGACUGUGAAGACGAAUCUGGUGGAGAUUUGCGAUGUGACGAGCAAUCCUCAACUAUGUAAAACUUCGAUUUCAUCUCACAUCGAGGGAACGAAAGUGGAUCCAGCUUCAGCACUGAAAACAGAGAUUGAGGAAUCGAUUAAAGAGGUAACGAAAGCAAUUGCAACAUUGAAUUCACUUCGUAAAGAUUCAUCAGCAUCGGAGACAGAAAUCGCUUGUUACGAUACUUGCCUGGAGAAUUUCGAUAUGGCUAUUGAAGAUCUAAAAGCUGGAGUGGAAUCGAUCGAUGCACGCGAUGCUGGUAGAAUGGAGAGUGUUUUGACGGCUGUACUGACUGAUCUGACGACUUGCGAUGAUACUUUUGCAGAGAUGGGAGUGGAUUCUCCAUUGGAUAAUCUUAGCACGAAGAUGAGCAAAUACGCCAGUAACUGCUUGGCCAUUUCGAAAUUGCUUCUGUAAAAACCGACUGAACCGGAGGCGAGUUGGAGAAGAUGAUUAAUUCUAUUGAUGGAUUUAUAUAUGCCAAUUCUUAUUCUUCUUCUUCUUCUUCUUCUUCUUCUUCUUCUUCUUCUUCUUCUUCUUCUUCUUCUUCUUCAAUUCAUCAAAGUGUUCAUAUGGAGAAGAGUAAUCGAAAAGUAUUCGUUCAUUCUCUCCGAUGAAUAAAUUUUGUAAAGUGUUUCGAUGGCAAAUUGGCAAUGACAAAACAAAAAGAUAAUAUCUUAAUUUAUUAUUCUAA